AUGCCUGUACCGAUGCAAAAUAUGUCAAGCAAUUUCUAUUAUUAUUGGGUAACUACGCAAGAUGAUGAAGUUAUUAAGGAGUAUAUGUUGAACGGCGAGCACCGCGUAGACGUUGCUGCAACAGAUCAGGUGUUGUCAUGUUUAAUGUCUGCUCCUCAAUCUAAAUACUCCUGGCAUUUAUAUCUCACAAAGAUAGAAGGCAAAAUUAUAAUCGAUAAAGCAAACGGCUCUGUUGUAGAUCUUCUUACUGUCAAUGAAACAAGCGCUGAACCCCCUAUGCAAGACGCAGAGAUAUCGCCUAUUCACAAUCCCCCCUCGUGCGGGGCCGAGGUGUACGCGAAGUCCCCAGUAGAGCGCGCGGAUUUGAAGGAGACAAGAGAAGGAGACAGCUUUAUUGUUGAUGGAGGGGGGUAUAUAUACACCUGCGCUCUUAAUGAGAUAGAACCCAAAGGGCAAAAGAGCUGGCGCACAUUGUUAGAAAGCCAAAGAGGAGCUCUGCUCGCCACCGAGGAUAUGUAUUAUACUCAAUCCAAUAGGGGUAUAAUGAAUGAUAGAGACAAGUAUGUGCUGCUUAAGGACCCCACAAAGCCAAUAAUGCGUCUCUACUCGAGACCUGAGGAAGAAGAAGAAGAAAGAGAAGAUGCAAACGGAGAAGAAGCGAGAGAACAAGAAGAACAAGCUGAGUAA